AUCUGCCGUGUGAGGUCACGUAGCGUUGACAAUCUACAUUGAACCAAGCUUGUUGUAUUUUGAACACAAUUGUGACAGCCUGCAGCCAGCAUGAUGUUUCUGUUGUUAAGUUUGUUACUAACGGUCGGAGAGGCUAAUUUUAAUAUUCUACCGGUUGUCCCCUUCCCUCAAGAAGCGGAGAUGAUCUCCACGGUAAGGAGAAGUCUUCAUGUGGAGGAGUUUAAGAUAACUACAGAUAAGCUACGAGAAGACAAGGUUAUCUCCUCGACCAUCUCUAGAUACGAGCGGUACUUUGAGAGGUUUGAACGUGGUCCAGCCUCCCCGGACGGUUAUGUCACAGAGGUAAGCGUUACAGUGGCGGACCCCACAGCUCAACUAAAGAUAGGAGUAGACGAGAGUUACACCCUCAACAUCAACCCUCUGUCUCCAGUGGUGAAACUAGCAGCCAAGACAAGGUUCGGAGUGGUGCGGGGCCUGGAAACGUUCUACCAGCUCUACAACAUCACUGACGGCACCUUCCCUUCUGUUAAGAUUAAGGACUAUCCCAGGUUCACUUACCGAGGGUUCCUAAUAGACACAUCUCGUCAUUUUCUGCCAGUAGAUACAAUUGAGAAGGUGAUAACAGGUCUAGCCAUGUCCAAGUUUAACGUGCUCCACUGGCACAUAGUUGACGAUCCCUCCUUCCCCUACUAUAGUCCCACCUUCCCUUCCCUGGCUGAGAAGGGAGCGUAUGACAUGAACCACGUGUACAGAAUCUCUGAUAUUCUGCAGGUGAUAAGUUAUGCGGAGGAUCACGGUAUUGUGGUGGUCCCUGAGUUUGAUACCCCCGGACACACCUUAUCCUGGGGUAAAGGACUGGAGAACUUCCUGACUCAUUGUCCGGGUGUGGGCACGUUUGGUGGAGACUACGGACCCAUCAACCCAUCUGUGGAGGCCAACUACCAGGUCCUACAGAAACUGCUUGCGGAGGUCACCUCACUGUUCCCUAGUGGUUUUAUACAUCUCGGAGGAGACGAAGUACCGUUCAAUUGUUGGGCUGCUAACCAGGAGCUGGUAGCGUGGAUGAAGAAGCAGGGGAUCCAGAACUUUAACGACCUGGAGAGCUACUACGAGGAGAGAUUGCUGGAUAUAGUCCACCACUUAAACACCAGCUACGUGGUCUGGGAGGAGAUAUUCAAUAACAACCUACAGAUACAGCCCGACACUAUAAUCCACGUCUGGAAGGAUAAGUGGCAGGCGACUAUGGGUAAAGUUAUCAAAGCAGGCUACAAAACCAUCCUCUCCAGCCCCUGGUACCUCAACUACAUCUCCUUUAGUCGGGACUGGAAGACAUACUACCAAGUAGAACCUCUCAAAAUCCCCGGAGCCACUGCAGAGGAGCUGAAUCUGGUGAUUGGAGGGGAGGCGUGUAUGUGGGGAGAGUAUGUGGAUGCCACUAAUAUUCUCUCCAGGACAUUCCCUCGAGCAUCAGCUGUAGCAGAGAGGCUCUGGAGCAGUGAGAAGAGGACCAAUGUUGCAGAUAUGGAGUUUAGACUGGAUAAGCAUAGGUGUGGGAUGUGCGCUAGAGAUAUACCUGCUGAGACGAUUAUAUUGAGGAGUUACUGUCCUGUUGAGUUUAGUGGGUAUGAUCACUGGUAGGAGUACCACGUAAUGUCCAUAAAAGGUAUCACUGUUAGGAGUACCACGUGAUACCCAUAUAAGGUAAUAUGGAGUUCUGAGAUAUAUGUAAAUCCACAUUCCACAUGUAAUUUCAAUAGUUAUCAUUAUUGAUUGUGUUUGUUAUAAAACUAUGACUUUUCACUGAAAAA